UAAACAUUGUAGUGACAGUGACGUUGAAAGUUCCAGAGAAAUUAGUUUACACAACUUGUAUAGAUUUUAGAUUCACUUAUCAUUUCUUUCAAAAUAUAUAUUUAAUUUACCCGAAUGCAAUGGCUCUCGGCAAAAGGAGCAGUAUGAGUGAUAAUGAACUCAGUCCGGAAGUUAAGAGCAAAAAGCUAAAAAUGAAGAAUUGUCCAGAAAUGCUCACUCCACGCUUCGAAAUCUCGCAAACGGAUACGGAGCUGAUUUUUAUUAUUCAUGCUCCUUACGCAAAUAUCAAGGAAGCAGUGGUGCACGUGGAAAAAAAUGAUUUUCGAUUUUAUGCAACUCCGUAUUAUUUGAGAUUAUCUCUCCCUGGAGAUAUAGCAGAGACUGAUUCCUCCAAAGGUUCUUAUGACUGUGAAAAAGGUGAAUUUCGUUUGGUUUUUUCCAAAGUUAACGAAGGAGAAUAUUUUGAAAAUUUAGAUAUGAUAACAACUUUGCUAGCUCCAGCAAGAAAAAGAAACACUGUUCCAACAAUUGAAGUUAUUAGCAAUCCAUGUUCAAAUGAAAAUGAACCGUCUGGUACACAAGAGAAAAGUGACGAUGAAAAUAUCAUGACUCCAGAUGGUGGCGAUGAGUGGUACAUCGAUCAAAAUGUGGAAAAAGAAAAGCAAGUAAUAUUACAAAAUUCUCCUAGAUAUGGAUUCGCUAAUAAAAUAACCAGAGCUCUGAAUAAUUUUGAAGAUUCUUGGAUUAAAGAAAUCAUAGAUCUACCCCAACCUGAUGAAACUCCAGAAGUUGAUCGCAAAACUUUGAAAGAGCAACAAGAGCGUUCAGAUUUUAGUGCAGAUCAUUACACAGCUGAUUUAAUGGAAGUUGAUGUUGUUGAGCCUUAUUUGUCAUAUGAGUGGGAAACUAUAAUCGCAUCAGAUGUAAAAUUUAAUGGAGAAGAAAAGGAUAUAUUGAAAGAAUUACCAAACAAGGAAUAUUUAUUAGACGCAGAAGAAAUUGAGGCUGCAUUGUAUUCUAUGGUUGAUAUUUUGUUUGCCCAUUGUUAUAAUCGUCGAGUAACGCUUGGAGAUAAUAAUGUGGUUAGCAGUUGGACAAUUAAUAAAUUGAGUUCAACGUUGUCAUGGUUUCAGAUUUUUUCAAGCAUCGAUGAUGUUAUAUCCAGUGGAGUAAGAAGAUCUUUGUGCUAUCCGCAAGUAAGAAAUUGGAAUCUUGCACUAGCAGUUUUAGAGGACCUUAAGAAAGUUUUGAAAUUAGGUAAAAUGUAUGUCAUCAAACAAUUUUGUGAAAUUUAUACUCUAUUCAAUAACUCACCAGAACCAAGAUAUAUUUUAAAUCAACUUUAUAUAAAAGAUUAUCUUAUUUGGCUGCAGCAAAUAUCUAAUUCAAAAAUUGAAGAUAUGGAAAAUAGAGUUAAAAACGUCAAGGUAGAAAAAACUGCAAUGGGUUUAAAUCUUGAAAUGAUAGAAGUAGCAGCUUAUAACACUCAAAAUGACUUGAUUAUUGAGAAUAACUUGGAUCAAUUACAAGAUGGUAUAGAUAAACUUGCUCUCGAUCAAGCUGGAAAAAGAAAAAAUGACAGUGAUAGCGAUUCUACGGACUCUGAAAGUGACAGCUCGUCAUCCAGUGGUGACAGCAGCAGCUGUACUGACAGCGACAGUGACAGCAGCGAUAGUGACAGUGACAGCGACAGCGAUAGUGAUAGUGAUAGUGAUAGUGAAAGUGAAACUAGUAAAAAGGAUAAAAUAAUACAUCCUAAAAUAUCCAAUAGCAUUCCCAACAAAAUUCAGAACAGUUCUAGCAGUGAACUUGACUCAGACGAUGAUCCAAAUUAACCAACUUUAUAUAUUUUAGAAUACUUUUAUUUAUUAAGUAUUUACGUUUAUGGAGUAUAAUGUUGACUGUAAAUAAGUAAAUGUAUAAAUUACUUUUUAUCGUUUCCAUUUUUUAUACAAUCAAAAAAAAUGUAUUUUA